AUGCUGGUGUGGAUAUUGGUUGCCUUUGUCCUCCUAUUCAUCAGUAUUUACAUAGUUAGCUACUUCCUGAAAUGAGUUAUCCCUGGAAUUGAUCUAAGUACCGUACUUAGUUUUUUUAAGGCAUAAUUUACUCAACUGUACCAGCAACAGUUUCUAGUGAUUUAUCCUGUAUUACCAGUCCCUGUUUGAUGUGAGCUGAACUGGCCUGAUUGCAGAGUCCUUAUUUGUAUUCUACCACAACAGUGUUUUCUCUGGACACCCACCAAGGUGUUAUGUCUCUGAUUCAAACCAUACCAAUAGGUCAACAACAUCUCCAAGUCUGCAUCCUAAAUUGCAGCCCUAUUGGCUCUGGUUAAAUGUAGUGCGCUAUAUAGGGAAUAGGGUGCCAUUUGGGAUGCAUCUAUGAAGAAGUAUGUAACUUCACUUAUGAGUACAGUUUUCAAGCCUACUGGUCCUUAAACAGAUAUACUUUAUAACAUGAAAACAAACAACCUCCGGGUCAUAAUGACUGCUGUGACAGACAGGUAGGAGAAAAAUACAUGGAACCUGUAACAACACAAUGUUUGCUGUAAGAAUGUAAUGUUCAUAACGUUUUUAAAGUUUCUUUGGAAAAACAUGGUCAUUCUAUUCUAUUCUGUGGUUAUUGCAUGUGGUCAUAAAUGGUUCUGAAACUGUUUUGCACCAAAAAAUUCCCCACAAAAAAAUGCAUUUCCAAUAGUUAAUUCCAGUUUAUCUCUUUAAUGUUGGCUCAUAGAUCAACUGCAUGAAGGUCAAAUCUGACUCAAGGUUUUAACUUUGUCUUUGUAACGUUGAUUGCUGUGGACAACUUUAUUCCAAACUGAAUAGACUUGGCUAGACACCCAUCCCUAAAACAAGACAUUUAGUAACAUAAGUCAUUUUGAGUUUGUGUGUCUCUUGGCAGGGUGUAGCUUGAAGAACCAAGUCUCACUGCAUUCUUAUGCCAGGAUAUAUUACAUACUUAUUGACUCCCUCGCCGUCCCACUGACAGACAUGCCUCCUAACCAGUCAGAAUCCCUAGGUGACUGAUUAACAUUAGGGAUCCUCUGUAUUUGCUUGGCCUCAGCUGGUGAGCCAUGUUGUUUUGAAUUCUCAAUAGAGAGUGCUCUGUGACUCCUGUGCACACAUAACCACACACAUAACCACACACAUAACCACAGGUUGAUAACUAGAAAUACGUUUUGAUGCAUAUCUCUUGGCCUAAUCAUAUUAUUGAUGUGCUAUAACUGGUCAUAGUGUUAUUAAUGGUUGCAACAGUAGUUGAUUUGAUUAUUAUUUAUGUUGUUAUGAUACUGUUACUGUUCAAUAAACAGCCUUACAUUAUCUAAUAUAUCUCUAGUGAACAGUAAGGUACAGUACAGUACAGUUGAUGACAAAUGAGAGAUGAUAGACUCUCUGAAAGUCAAGGGGGGCAGGACAGCCCUGUUAAGCUCACUGUAGUGGAGUUUCUCUCUUCCUUCCUUUGGUGUUCUACACAGGGUCUCUCUCUCUAUCUUUUUCUCUCUCACGGUUUCCUUCCUGUUCUCCUCUAGACAGUGUCUCUCCCUCCCACUGUUCCCUCUGCGCGCACCACUGUGGGAGCUGGGUUUGAAACCCCUCUGAUCCCAAAGGCUCGUGGUGACAAACCACUUUCAUCCCUGUCCCUAGGGCCUAACGGUGGAGACGACAUUAUGGUUGAAAGGGGAGACCGAUUAUAAUGAUGCUGGUUGUUCUUCUCUCUCUAAAAUAUCCAUUUAGGCUAUACUCAUUUGUAAUAUGGAAAGCACAUGGCAUUUCUUUAGUGUGUUUUACAGUCACACACAGUUUUACUGGAUGGUAAUAUCAAGGGGUCUGGACUGUUGCAAUAGUAGGCUAUUUGAGGAGGUCUAAUAGGAUAUCUCUGAGUCAAUACCUCACAGUUUUAAUGAACAUAGAAGUUAAGGGUAAAGGGUUAGCUCAUAUAAACAGCAGGCCUACUGUCAGAUUUGUAAAAUAGUCUUUCCUUUUCCAUCAGUAGUCCUAGAUGUGGCUUUCAGAAUAUCAUAGGCCUAUUUAUAAGGGCAUAAUUCUUAUAUAAAAUAUUUAAUAUUGUUUCGGGCUAUAGAACUAAGACAUUGAAACUCAUCAGUCAAAAAUCGAGAGCCAUACACAAGAUGAGCAAUUGUAGACGAUCCCUAAACCUUGCAUCUGUUAGUCCAACCCUUUUUUCCAUAUGGAGGAGAGAGAGACGGCUCACUGAGACGGCAGGGCGGCUGGAAACAGGUUUCAACGGCGCAGAGCAGAGAGAGGCUAUCAGGUUUGUCGGGCAGCUAGAGCAGCAGAAGAACGUUGCGGAGUCCGGACCUGUGUGUUGUGUAUAGUAGGUCGGAUUUUUUUCUCAAAAUUCUGUCAGCGAUAUUUUUUUAUUUUGGGGGACCUUCAACAUCUCUGCGCAACGACGGGGAGAAGCAAAAACAACCAAAAGUUACGCAGGAAGGGAGUACAUUUACAAGGAAAGAAAAACCCAACAAAGAAAGGGAGCGGGGAAGUAGUUUCUCGCUAGCUGGCGAGCUAGCUAGUUUUGGAAGAAACCGCAAAGAAAGUAUGUCUGUGGCGGUGCAUAAUGCUUUCGCAAUGGAUUACAACAGAGUACUGUGUAUAUUUUUGCAGGUGUUUUUAUUGAUCGGUUUAGGAUCUAUAAGGGUAAAUGGACAGUAUGGUGACCGGGGAAUGUCUAUUCCGGAGCACGGCUUUUGCCAACCGAUUUCUAUUCCACUUUGUACGGACAUCGCAUACAACGAGACCAUCAUGCCAAAUUUACUAGGACACACAAACCAGGAGGACGCAGGGCUCGAGGUACACCAGUUUUAUCCGCUUGUGAAAGUUCAGUGUUCUCCUGAUUUAAAGUUUUUCCUCUGCUCCAUGUAUGCGCCUGUAUGCACCGUGCUUGAGCAGGCGCUUCCCCCGUGCAGGUCACUGUGCGAGAGGGCGAGACAGGGCUGCGAGGCGCUCAUGAACAAAUUCGGUUUUCAGUGGCCGGAAAGGCUCGUGUGCGAGUCUUUCCCGGUUCACGGAGCGGGCGAGCUGUGCGUCGGGCAGAAUAUGUCGGGUCAAAGCACACCGGUCAAUCCCACCCCCGAUGUAACGGAGCCUCCGCAUGAUACUGGGAUUGUAAAAGGACAGUUCAAGUGCCCGGCUUCGCUGAAAGUACCCACUUAUUUGAAUUACCGUUUUCUCGGUGAGGAUGACUGUGGCGCACCGUGCGAGCCAAAGAAAUCUAACGGAAUGAUGUACUUCAGCGAGGAAGAGUUAAAAUUCGCCAGUAUAUGGAUAGUAAUCUGGUCCGUGUUAUGUUGUGCAUCCACGUUAUUUACCGUUCUAACCUAUCUGGUGGACAUGAAACGCUUCAGCUACCCUGAGCGUCCUAUUAUCUUCCUAUCAGGUUGCUAUACCAUGGUAUCCAUUGCCUACAUAGCUGGAUUUCUCCUUGAGGACAAGGUGGUUUGCAAUGACAGGUUUGACAACGACAUUAGGACUGUGGUGCAGGGUACCAAAAAGGAGGGAUGUACCAUCCUCUUCAUGAUGUUGUAUUUUUUCAGCAUGGCCAGCUCCAUCUGGUGGGUCAUCCUGGCCCUCACCUGGUUCCUGGCAGCAGGGAUGAAGUGGGGUCACGAAGCCAUCGAGGCCAACUCGCAGUACUUCCACCUGGCGGCGUGGGCUGUGCCCGCCAUUAAGACCAUCACUAUCCUGGCGGUGGGCCAGGUGGACGGGGAUGUCCUUAGCGGCGUGUGCUUCGUGGGCAUCAACAGCGUGGACGCUCUCCGAGGCUUCGUCCUGGCACCGCUCUUUGUCUACCUCUUCAUCGGCACCUCGUUCCUCCUGGCCGGCUUCGUGUCUCUGUUCCGGAUCAGAACCAUCAUGAAGCACGACGGCACCAAGACGGAGAAGCUGGAGAAGCUGAUGGUGAGGAUAGGGAUCUUCAGCGUGCUCUACACCGUCCCCGCCACCAUCGUCAUCGCCUGCUACUUCUACGAGCAGGCCUUCCGGGAGCAGUGGGAGAGGACGUGGAUCAGCCAGACGUGUAAGACGUAUGCCGUGCCCUGUCCGGCCCACCCACACCCCAACAUGAGCCCCGACUUCACCGUCUUCAUGAUCAAGUACCUCAUGACUCUGAUCGUGGGGAUAACGUCCGGGUUCUGGAUCUGGUCUGGGAAGACCCUCAACUCCUGGAAGAGGUUUUAUACAAGACUGGCUAACAACAGACAGGGAGAGACCACGGUGUGAGUGGUCUGAGUGGGGUGAGACCUCUGGAUGUACUGUAGCCUAUGAUGGGUGUCCCCCACACACAUAAAAAACUGUUUAUUUACAGACUGAAUGAAUGAUAAUCGUUUUUGGACUUAAUUGCCAUGCAGAGACACUCAUUGGUACAUGAUGUUUCUAUUGUACAUAAAACAUUUUGUGAGAUUUUUGUAAGUAUAUAUUUGUAUUUAAAGAUCAAAAUUCUCUUUUUUAGUUGUUUCCCUCUAUUAAAACCAACAUUUAUUUGACACUUUGGGCAUAAUGGAAAUGGACCUUGGUGAUAAAGAGCCAGCUGCCUGAGCAUUUAGCAUUAAGGAUGUGGUUGUCUUAGGACCUGAGUUGGCUUGGUCACUGCUGGGAGAGGGUUGUAGCUGUGUUUGAUCAGUAGACUGGCUCGGAACAUGGUUUCUAUUCUAAGCAGCAGAGUUCUGUGAAAAACAAUUGCUUCCUCGUGGGUCCUUAUCCCCCAUUAUACUGCUGUUCUUUCUGUCCAACUGUUCUCUUCUAUUCAACAUAUUUCUAAAUGCCUGGGAUUUGAAGGUUAAAAAUACAAUCAACAUGUAUUUUAAAACGAGGUAUAGGUUUGGGAUUAUGUGUUCAACAUAUUUCUAAAUGCCUGGGAUUUGAAGGUUAAAAAUACAAUCAACAUGUAUUUUAAAACGAGGUAUAGGUUUGGGAUUAUGUGUUCAACAUAUUUCUAAAUGCCUUGGAUUUGAGGGUUAAAAGUACAGUCAGCAUUUUUAUAACAAGAAAGUGGGUAUAGGUUUGGUAUUGUGUGCACAUGUACUGUGUAGCCUACAUGACAUGAAUCCUCCAAAUACACAUGUUUUGAUAACCCACAGUACUUUAAGCUAGGAUGAGAACAUUUAGCCUGAAUACUUUCACCAAAGUUAAAAGCCAUAUUUUGGUGAUUACAACAAAAUAUUUUAAUAGAAUGAAAGUAAACCAUUUGCAGGAUCUUUUCAACAUUUUGUUUAUGUGUUUCAGAUAUCCUUGCUGCCUAUUAACACAGAACAGACACACCUUGUUUGUGCCUUUUGUUUACCUUUUUGAGCACUUUGAGGAGAAAUACUAGCCUGGUCCCAGAUCUGAUUGUGCUGUCUUGCCAUCCCCGAAGGACCAUAGGAGUAGGCAGGACAGCACAAUCAGGUCUUGGACCAGGCUAGGGGAAUACAGAAUGCUGGACAGAGACAGCUCAGACUCAGAGGUGGGUUACAUAACACAUCAGCUGCACCCCUAAUGCUUUCUCACAGACAGACAGCAGAAAUACCAAUCCUUCACUAAUGAACAAGUUGAAAUACGCAGUAGCCUACUCUACAGCCGGCUGUAUAAUUGGCUUAUAAAAACUGAAAACAAAUUCAUAAUUGAAGGAGAUAGGACAGUGCGUUUUGUAAUUUUCAGACCUACGGGUAAUCAGAGUCAGAAAAUGAAUAUUCCCCACAAGGUAAUUGUUGGCAAAAUGUGGCCGUUUUUUUUUUUUUUUUUUUUUUACAAUUGUCCCAGGUGGCAGCUUGAAGCAGUCCCCUUUCACCCCUGAGUCAUUUCUCUCCUGGUUAAGUGCGUGCUUGUGUUUGUGUGUGCACACAUGCUCGUGUGUGUGGGUGCUAACCAUGCAGGAUGAGCAGCUGUCUUUAGGCUUUAUAAAGGAAGACACCGUGAUCUUUCCCCACCUCAAACAUCUUCUGUUAUGUUCUUGUCAAAUGCAUGACAGUUAUUUUACCCUAAAUGCAUGGAUGGCUCUCUAUUAAACAACAUGUUCAUGCCUUUGACAUCUAUUAUGUUUCAUUCUGUUAUUCUGCAUUUGUUUGUUACUAAAAACAUUAUAUUUAUAGAAACAUUUCUUUAUAUCCACACUGAUUACUUUAAAGAAUAAAAAAAUCCAACCUUUGCACCAA